AUGCUUACAUUAUAUUAUGUCAAUCUGACAACAAACAUCAACGCAUGUCAAACUACACAUCACCCAACUGAUGCCACUGCUGAUCAUGUGAAUAGUCACCUAGGGGCAAUGGCGAGGCUGAUUUUGGACCUGGGAUGUCUGAUGACCGGCAUCGUGGCUGGAGUCCUGACAGGCAGGUACAGCAAGCUCGUAUUAAGCCAAUUCCUCACCGCUGAUGAUUUCGAACGCAUUGAUUGGCAGAAGGAAUGCGAAGAAGACGAAUGCGACUGCGGAAGCGAAGAGGAAUGCCAGUGCACACCGGACGACAGUGACUUCUAA